UGCCACCGUGUAUUUAUUUUCUGUUUAUUUUCUAUCGGGGUGAUGACCCCGAUAGACCCACAGAAAUGAAAUAAACACAUUUAAUUGAGUUUUCUGUGAUGUAUCAAGACAGUUAGGCUUAAUAUUCAUACCAACAAUUUCCAAUCAAAAGUCACUAUUCUAUUCUGUUUUAUUGUAUUCUAUUCUACUGCUUCGUGAACCACCUGAUUACCGGGAGGGUAGCCUACCGUGUUUAUUGCAUAACAGAGAUGUAAUAAUUCAUCUGGGAGCAGCAGCGCAUUCACUCCUUCCCCUUUUCUCUACGUCACAUCUUCCCUGUGCAGCCUCUACGAGUUGCUAUGACGACGGCGUUGCAGCUCGUCUCUCUAAAGGCAUUCUCUAAUGAACUCUGUCGACCACAAAGACAACUCACCACGAUAGAUAGCAGCCGUUGUAUGUGAAUGGUGUUUUCUGAUAUGGGAAUAGGGAUUCAAACCCAUUUAAAAUGCGACAGGAUCCCAAAUUUCUUCUUCCUUUUAAUAUCAUCAUGAAACACAUGAGUUAACUACAUAAUGGCGACCUUAAAAGAAGUGGAUCACACAACUGUGGAGGGAUCAGAGGAGCUUCCAACACAGGAGUACGCAGCUGGGGAUCAGACAAAAGAAAGGAGACAUGUCGAUUCACUUCUAGAUAUUAGUGAGGAGGACUUCAUGAAAGAACAUGAGCCAUAUGAGUAUCAUUGUUACCCUGGUUGGGAAGAAGCUGUUCAUGGUUGGGCCAGAGUUGCUCCACUGAGCUGCAUACUUUUGACUCAGAAGAGGUACAGCAAACCAAUGCAUAAGGAGGCUGACAACCCAACCUCCUUGUCUGUUGACCCAACGAUCCCUGAGGCAGACAGCUCAGCCAGCAUUGGACAGCACCUCUGUGAGUCUCAUGUGCCUGUCCUCAAUGCAAUGCAGAAAACCACAUCAAAUCGCUUCAAAGAAAAGAUAGGGGAGGAAGGGAUGCUCAGAGAGACCUCUUUGCAGCCUCAGCAUCUCCCUUCAAAAUACUCGGAGAACAGGCCCACUAAGCCCGAGAAACACAGGCAUAGGCCUAAUAAUACAGUGGUUCCCAUUAAAAACUUCACAUUUUUACCACCAAUUAAAUCACCACACCUGAGUCCUCAAAAAGUCAUCCAGCUCUGCAGUGGCAAGACGGCUCCAGGAGGAGAACCCAUAGAGGAAAAUGGUUUCAUGUUUGAUAAGAAGAGCGGGACGAGAGGAACAAGAGUGGACCCUAUUGCUAACCCAGAGCUUCCCACGUACUCUGCGGCCCUGACCUCCAAGUACCGGGCAUGUCAGCAUAACCUCCACUUGUUCUCUGCUGUGCAUGUUUCUAUCCCCAAGAGGUAUCAAGUACCGAUGUCUUCCAAACCUGACACAUUGCACCGCGCUAGCUACUCAACGGGCAAGAGCCUCACACAGGCCCUCCACUCCAACACUGCAGCAGGUGCACAAGCCCAUACGCACCCCAGCAAGACUGUGUGUAUGUAGUAUGCUAGUGUCAUCUUAAAAUCUCUUCUUCUUCUACCAAGUAAAAACGUGCUUUAUCUUA